GUAGAGCUGCGCAGGUCGCUGUCGUUCUAUCGUAGCUCCAUAUACCUUGUGACAGGACUACGCGUACUCUAAACUGCAACUCCCGAGCACUUCCAUCGCGACCCCUCACCUUCUGUGCGAUUAGGCCCCCUUCUGCUUCAACAUCAUCUAGGCUUUCCCGAGAGGGCCAAAGCUUUUGGAAAGAUGGAGCGCGUGAUCGGGCUUGUGAAUAAGUUGCAGCAAAUUUGCACGUCUCUUGGUGACAAUGCGCUGAGCCCUCAAAGCAUCCUCUGGAACCGCCUGCCAACCAUUGUGGUGGUCGGAGGCCAGAGUUCGGGCAAGUCAUCGGUGCUCGAGGCGGUGGUGGGCAGGGAUUUCCUGCCUCGCGGCACGGGUAUUGUCACCCGUCGCCCGCUGGUGCUCCAGCUCGUGAAGACCGACGACCCCAACGCGGUCGACUAUGGCGAGUUCGCCCACGCGCCCGGGCGCAAGUUCACGAACUUCGACGAUAUCACAACGGAGAUCGAGGACGAGACGACGCGGCACCUGCAGCGCCAGGGCGGCACCAAGGUGGUGUCGCCCGACCCCAUCUACCUCACCGUCUACUCCGUCAACGUGCCCAACCUGACCCUGGUGGACAUGCCCGGCCUGACCAAGGUGCCCAUCGACGGCCAGCCCGCGUCCAUUGUGCAGGAGCUGGACGACAUGGCUCGCCAGUACGUCAAGUCGGACAACGCCAUCAUCCUGGCCGUGACGCCCGCCAACGCGGAUCUGGCCACCUCGGACGCGCUGCGCAUGGCGCGCGACGUGGACCCCUCCGGCGACCGCACCAUUGGUGUGCUGACCAAGGUGGACAUUAUGGACCGCGGCACGGACUGCCGCGACGUGCUGCUGGGCAAGACGCUGAAGCUCAAGCACGGCUGGGUGGCGGUGGUCAACCGCGGCCAGGCCGACCUCAACAGCAAGGUGACCAUGAAGGACGCGCGCGCCCGCGAGCAGGAGUUCUUCAAGGGCAAGCCCGAGUACCAGGACCUGCAGAACACCGGCACCACCUUCCUGGCGGAGAAGCUCUCCAACCACCUGAUCAACGAGAUCAUGAAGAGCCUGCCCUCCAUCCAGUCCUACAUCGAGGGCACCAUCGCCAAGCUCCAAAAGGAGCUCACGGCUCUGGGAGGCGACGUGAGCCACAGCCGCGGCGCCAUGCUGCAUAUGACGCUGCAGCUGUGCCAGAAGAUGGAGCGCGCCUUCGAGCGCAUUGUGGACGGCGGCAAGGACGGUGGCGAGAAGGUGCUGGACGUGUUUGAGAUCAAGCUGAAGGAGGCCAUCAACAAGCUGCCCUUCCAGAAGAUCCUGACGCUGAAGAACGUGCAGAUGGUGGUGAACGAGGCGGACGGCUACCAGCCGCACAUUAUCGCGCCCGAGAACGGCUACCGCCGCCUUAUCGAGGACGGGUUGUCGCUGCUGCGCGACCCCGCGCUCAACGCCAUCGAGCAGGUGCACCAAAUCCUUAAAUCCAUCGUCACGCUGGCGGUCAACACGCCCGAGUGCCGCGACCUCGCGCGCUUCUUCAACCUCAAGUCGGAAAUCAUCAACCACGCGGCCAGCACGUUGGAGAAGCUGCGCAAGGACGCGGACGGCAUGGUGCGCACGCUGGUGGACAUGGAGGCGUCCUACCUGUCCGCCUCCUUCUUCCGCGAGAUUGUGGCGGCCGAGUCCUACGCCUACGACCCCUCGCGCCCGCGGCCAGCCUUCUACACGCUCGCCGGAGACAACCUCUUCGAGAAGCGCUACGACAACCUGCCGCCGGCGGACGCGCACCUGCAGAAGAUCUCUGACCACGUGUCCGCCUACCUGGCCAUCGUGAAGGGCCAGAUGCUGGCCACCGUGCCCAAGGCCAUCGUGCACACCAUGGUGGUGCCCGCCAAGUCAGGGCUGCUGCUGGACCUGCAGGAGGAGGUGGCGGGCAAGGAGGAGCCGCAGCUGCGCCGCCUCAUCAACGAGAGCGAGGAGAUCGCGGCGCAGCGCGACACCAUCCGCAAGCGCCUGACACUCUUGCAGCGCGCCUCCAAGGAGAUCGCGGCGUUCAUGUAAGCCAACAGGGCUGGUGGCUGCGGAGGAGGGGCCGCGGAGGAGGGAGACGCGGCUGAGGCACACACUGGCGGGGCGGCUGCGGAGGAGGGGCCGCGGAGGAGGGAGACGCGGCUGUGGCACACACGGGCUUGGCGGCUGCGGAGGAGGGGCCGCAGCGGAGGGAGACGCGGCUGCGGCACACAGCGGCGGCCCCAGCAGGCAACUCGCUGUGGCUGCUGUUGCGUGUGGGAGACCGGGAGAGCAUGCAGAUAGCAGCAGAGCCGCAUGCGUAGGUGAUGGCGGCAGCGCCAGUUUACUUGAGGGCGCCGCGGGGCCGCUGUUCCGUUGGCUGUGAGGAGGACAGGACCCGCUGCGCAUGUUAUGUGUGUCUGGGUGUGAUUUCCUGCAUGUGGUUGGGGCUGUUUGUACAAUGAGCUUGCGGGCCCAUCUAGAUUCUAGCAUGGGCGCUAUAGAUUGACGACGGUAGCUUUUUGGUUGGGGCGCACUUGACACCGGUGUGACGCGAUGAGUAAGCCAGACUUGAAUGAGCUCUUUAAGAGCGCACGAUGAUGGAUAUUUGUGCGCAGGAGCUGAAUGGUCGCGCAGAGGUAUCCGAUCAGGCAUGACAACACUAGUUAGGUGCGUAUGGGCAUGCGAACAUGCAAGGUGGGGAGACAAGGCUUGUGCAGGAGGGUACGCCGUGGGGCUCUGUGAAGGCGGACAAGCUGCGGUAGUCUUUCGAGGCUCUGUAACUGAGGUACAGGACGUUGUGCCAGCAAGUAUCUUUUGAGAGUUGGGGCGUUGACGUGAAGCUGCUCACGCUUUGGCGAUCGGGCAGCGCGCUGGCGGUUGGAGACUCUGCGCGGGAAAAAGGGACUCAUAACGCUCGCUUGCAAGCCUCGCACCUCGCCCUUUAUUUUAGGAAUUCGCAACUCGCAAAUUGCGACAGCCUCGAAAAUAAUGCUUUGGCAGACCACCGCUGUUAGCUGAGUACGCAGCCUGGCGUGGCACUGACUGUAAGGGCCGUGACGU